ACCGCGCUAGCCAAAAUCCUGGCUCCGCCUACUGCAACACACAACCGAGCUGUGCCUGCACGACGACAUGGCCACCGUCGUCAGUCCCAUGAGAGAGGGCCUCUCGCAGCAGAGCACCACGACAUCGACACGGGCCUCAUUUUUCCCCGACGCCUUCGUGCUCUCUUGUCAGACUCCACGCCACCACCAGCAACAUCCCUCUCUCCUGUCCCCUCCCGAGUGCCAUUGCCUUCUUCAGGUAGCCAAUGAACAGUUCCUUGCUCGCUCGCUCCCCCCAUACAAAGCCAGACAAUGCCGACCCACUAUGCACACCUCCAUAGCAACAGCAGCUAGCUCAGCUAGUAGCUAGGCUAGGCUUCUUCACUCAUGGGAGGCACCUUGAAGCAGCUGGUGCUCGGCCUGUUGGGAGCGGCGAGUGGAGGCCACGGAGGCAAGAAGAAGAAGGAGAGGAGGCAGCUGCGGCAGACGGUGGAGUUGAGGGUGAGGAUGGACUGCGAGCGGUGCGAGCGUCAGGUCAGGAAGGCCCUCACCGGCAUCAGAGGGGUGGAGCAUGUGGAGGUGAACCGCAGGCAGCAGAGGGUGACCGUCACCGGCAGCGUCGACCCACACAAGGUCCUGCGGAGGGCCCGUUCCACGGGCAAGCAGGCGGAGCUGUGGCCCCAGCAGAAUCCUUGCUACAACGGCGCCGCCGUCAUGGCCCACCACGGCGCCAUCGGAGCUGUCCAGGCCCACGAAAGGUGGGCACCGCCCGUCUUUCCCAGACACCCCGACGCCAUGGGCGCCGGCGCCGAGCACAUCACCGACCUGUUCAGCGACGAAAACCCGAACGCCUGCACUGUCAUGUGAUGCUACUACGUUUCAGGUAGCUAGUUAUUAUUUUUUUUGACCUGGGUAGCUAGUUAUCUUAGGAGGAGUUUGUUUUGUGUCUGUCAUUGUCAUCUCGUCACUAUCUUUGUUAGAUCUUGUGUGAUGCCAA